AUGGCAGACUCCAACUUCAUCUCGUCUCUUGCCGGCUCGCUCUCGGCUGAGUCGCGGGUUUUAAGCGACGAGAGGUCGGCAGAUUGGAAGGACUCCAUGAACAGAUGGUCCCACUAUGGCCUCAAGAUGCCCUCCGCCAUUGUCCGGCCAAAGACUGAGGCAGAUGUAGUCACUGCAGUCCAGAAACUGGUAUCUGCGUCUAUCCCUUUUGUCCCGGCUUCAGGUGGCCACAGUCCCUUUUCAUAUAUCGGAAAGGAAGGCGUGGUUAUUGAUCUCAGCCAGUUCACCGGCGUCGAGGUGAACGAGACCAAAGACUUGGCCACAGUAAGGGGCGGUACUCUGAUGAAGGAGCUUCAAACAUCACUUCAUGCUCACGGGAGAUUUGCUGCGGUUGGAAGCGGCAACACAGUCGGAGUCAUUCCCUACUACAUCGGAGGCGGCAUCAGCGCCUAUACACCCCUGUACGGCUAUGGUUCCGAGAACAUCGUCGCAGCCAAGAUAGUCACUGCAAAGGGCGAUCUGGUCAAGGUCUCGGAAAGGGAGAAUGCUGACCUUUUCUGGGGUCUUCGAGGAGCUGGCCAAUUCUUUGGCCUCGUUGUCGAAUUGACAAUCAAGAUUUCCCCCUACAGCUUGAUGGGCAAUGACCAAGGCCAACGUAUGCUUGGCACCUACAUCUUUACGCUAGACAAGCUGGACGCUGUGAGCGCCGCAAUGGUGCCCAUCAUGGAAAGCGAGGAAUGUGCUUCGGCUGGCCACUUCAGCAUUGCCCUCGCGCCGCCCGACUUUCAACAUCAAGUCCUGCUCGUGGCACCGCAAGUCUUUGCUAGUGCUGAGGAUGCUGAGAAGCUGCUCAAGCCCCUGGCAGACCUGGGACCUAUCAUGCAAACAUUUGUGCCUUCCACUUUCGAGAAGCAUAGCGACCACUUCGACUACCUCUGCGCCAAGGGCAGUUUCAAGAGGUUCACCCAAAUCGGCAUGACUGGCUUCAGUAAGGACAACUUCGCAGAGCUUAUCAACCUCCACAGUGAGCUCGUAAAAGGCUGCCCAGACGCUGCCAUGUCUGCAUUUUCAGUGGAAUGGCACACGCCUUACAAGGGAUCCCGCGAGGUCGUUAGUUUCGGUCAUGCCCAGGUCGAUUAUUGGAUGAACAUACUCAGCUGGUAUCAGGAUCCCAAGAGCCACGACUUUGUCGACAGUGUGGGCAAGAAGGCUCAGGCAAUUUCGCGUAAAGGGGAUGAUGAGGACGCCUUUGUUACUUAUACCAACACCAGUCGCGAUGAUCCCCUUCCGUGGCGAUACAAGGGUGAAGAGAGGAUCAACAGACUUCGCGCCUUGAAGAAGGAGUGGGACCCUACGGGCGUCUUUACAAAGACAUUCCUAUGA